AUCAAAUUUUGGUUUUGCUUUCUACAUGCUUGUAAAUUUUUUUAGAUGCCUGAAAUAUAUCUUAUAGCUUAGCUCUGUGAAUUUAUAUUGGAUAAAAAAUAUUCGAUUCAGAGGUGUAUGCAGACCCUGGGAAGAGCUACGCCAGAAUGCAGCGUCAAUGGCUGUUACAUGCAAAGUGACAAAUUUGCUGGAGGUUGCGAGAGAACUAAAUCUGCUACCCACCAAAAAGGAUACGGUGAUGAUACUAAAACAAGAGGUUUCACUAGAACCGUCUCUACCUGCUGACAAUUCAGAAUUUAACCCCAAAUCGCCAGUCCAAACGAAAGAGCUGGUCGAAGAGAGCAUGCCCGGCAUCGUGGAAGCACAAGAAUUAAUUAAUGAUCUGAAGCUUCCACCCAUCAAAGAAAAUAUGGCGAUGUCAUUAGAUCAAGAGGGCUCACUAGAUCCAUAUCUGCCUUCUGACACUUCAGAGAAGAGCCUCGCAUCACCAGUACAAACGAUUGGACUGGUUGAAGAGAGCCUGCGUGACAACGUGGAGCCGCAGGAAGUACUUGGGAAACAGGAGCCAACAUUACCCAAAGAGGACAUGGUGAAGUCGCUAGUGCCAGAGAGCCCGCUCCACCCAUCCAUGCUCGUUGACGGCCCAGAGAAGGAUCACAGACCACUGGUCAAAGUGACUGGACAGUUUGAAGAGAUCCUGACUGACAACGUGGAAGCGCAGAAAGUACUUGGAGAACUGGAGCCAACAUUCCCCAAAGAGGACAUGGUGAAUUCGCUAGUGCCGGAGAGCCCACACCAGAUAUCCCUUUUCGCUGACAUCUCAGGGAAGAACCUUGCAUCACCAGUCCAUGCGACUGAGUUGGUCGAAGAAGGCCUGCCUGACACCGUGAAGCCUCAGAUGGUCGUGGACGAACCUGAGUCACAGCUCCCAGUGGAAGACGGAGCCGGUGCCGCGGGACCCGAGUUCCUGGUUGAGAUCCCCGUCCCUGACGCAACCCUGACGCAGCCUGCCCUCCCGCGCGACCAAGGGACUGGACCUCCGUCCGUCAAGGACAGCUGCACUGGCUUGGCUCAUCAGCCGGAGGUUGUCCGCGUGUGUUCUUCCCAGCAGGUCGCGGUGCAGUGGCCGCCGAGCGGUCUCAGCUUCGGCGACUUCGUCCAGAAGCUCAUCGAGGACGGCGAGUACGGAAGUAACGUGAGGUCGCAGCUGAUGGAAAGGCACGCGAAGCUGAAGAAGAAGCUGGUCGCACUGCGAAACCAGCUGGCGGCGCCGGCCGGGAUCGACGCGCGGCGCGCGCUGGCCGGGAUCGACGCGCUGCAGCUGGAGCACGACGACCUGCAGCGCGACCACGCGGCCUUCACUGACGCGCUGCGCGCCGCGACGGGGCGAGUGCGCGCCGAGGUGGCGAGGCUCAGGCGCGCCGUGGCCGCCGCGCGCCGGCAGAUCGACGCCUUCAAGGCGAUGUGA